GAUUUUGCGCAACCACAAUUUACCGUGUAUGUUUUGCUUUUACUGUCGUCGCUCGGCGGAGCUCUCGUUUUUUCCAGUGAUAAAUAAUGGUAAAAUAAACUGCUAAAAUGAACAGUCGUCGGUGUAAAAGAUCCGGAAGUCCGGAAAAUGUGCUCGUGUCCUUUGUGGAGGUGAAGGAAGAACCGGAUGAGCAGGCAUAUGAAUGCAGUGCAUCGAUGCAAGCUGGAGAUGCAAGGAGGAGCUCAAGAGUUGUAAACAAGUGUGCUGGUGAUUUGCAGGCCAAAAUGCCAGAAAAUAAGGAGACCAAGACUCACUACAGACGCAGUCGUGCCACUCAAGUAAACUCGGAAGACAUUGAUAUGAUCAACGUGAAGAAAUUCGAUGCAUUGAACACCAACGCCGAGAAUAAACCGAUCAGAGCCAUUGGAACCGAGUCGGUCAUUCCCCAGUGUCGCUUUUGCUUACGAAGGGUUUCCCGGGAAAAUUUAAAAAUCAUACUCAGGAAACACAGCACAAAGGCGCUGGCUGCGUUUCAGAUUCGAGUAUUCCACCAUGAUGCGUACCCGUUAGCCUGUGUGAAUUGUUUGAAUAUGAUAGACAUCAUCUUUGAUUAUAAAUCAGCAGUUACAAAGGCACGAAAAUUACUUCUUAAUAAAAGAAUGUACUUGGAAAAUAACGGGUGGGAUGAUUCAGUCAACAUAGAAAGUUUCAAUCAAUGUAAAUCAGCUAUUGAGCAACAUCGGAUGCAAAUCGAAGCGAUUUAUGAUGAGCACAUGGUGAGAGAUGAAAGAAGAAAUACGCAGAUACUGGAACCGAAAAUGGAGUUGAGCAUCGAAGAUAGUGCAGCACCUGAUAUUCGAAAUGAAACGAUUCAUGCUCAAAAUGCAUCUACAGCUAAUUUAGUACAUGAUGAAUCCGCUGCGGUCGAAUUAGUUUUGGAAUCUGAUAUUGGUGACGUGGAAAGUGUUUUGAAGACUGUCGUUGAAGAUGUUUCUGUGGAUAGUGGCAAUAUAAUAAAUGCUGGUGACGGCUUUGAACUUCCUGCUGACAAUUCUGAAGCCACUCCACCAAACAUCGAGUCAUUAGAGAAUGAGAAUGGUGUACCAUCACGCAGAAGAAGAAAAGUAAAAGAAAAGAAAGUUUACUAUUCGUCAGAAUCUGAACAGAACAUCGAAGAUGAUGAUUACAAUCCAGGCGAUGCGAAUUCAUCUGACAAUGAUGACGAUGACUUGGAUUACAUUCCAGUUUCGUUGGCUUUGGAAUUGAAAGAAAUUGUAAAAUCGGAAUCUGAGGUGGAGGUACCGGUAGUAUCUGAACCUACGAAGAGAAAAUACAAGAAAAGGAGUGACGUACCACGAAAGCCCAGAGCUAAAGAGCAGUACCCUAGGAAGCCUCGUAAACCAAGAGAAUCAGCGUUGAACAGGCCGCCUGACUACAAACCACCGUCCAUUCAACCUGUAUUGUGUGACUUGUGUGGAGAAUCAGUUCGUCCUGAAACCAUUGAAGGCCACAGAAAUCGCCAUCUAGGAAUUAAACCGUACAACUGCCCCGUCGAGGGUUGCGAUUGGACAUUCCACGGUCGAGCCAAUUUGUCCAACCACUUGCGGCGAAUGCAUCCUGAAAAGGGAGUGCAAUCCCUAAAGUGCGACAUUUGUGGCAAGUUCAUACGAGGCAAACCGGGUAUUCUGAACGAGCACAAAAAGCUCCAUUUCCUGAAAGAGAAAAGCUAUGUCUGUCCAGUGUGUGGAAAAGGAUUUACUUUGAAUAGAUAUCUGAGACAGCAUUCGGUAAUACAUACAGGGUUGUUCCCGUACGAGUGUGGCUAUUGCGGUAAAAAGUUCAACAAUAAAUGGAGUAUGAAGACUCAUGAGAAAAAUAUGCACGAGAAGAAAAAUCAAAUACCAACCAGCUACGAUUCAGCAAUGGAAACAGAACAAGCUGGACAAGCAUAUAUGGAAUGAAACUUUUCAUUAUAUGAGCUGUAACUGUCUAUAUAA